AUGGCCGGCUCAGAGGCUGAGUGGGUAACCAUUGCCAAUAACCUUCUUUUGAAAUGUCACAUACACCUGAGGAUACGUGCACUGAAAGACUGUGAUGCUAAUGUUUUUAUUGCUCUUUAUCAAUCAAUUUUGGGAGAAAGGGUACCAGACCUCAUUGUUACUCCCGGGAGUCAGGAGGAUGAUGCCCACAAUGUACAGGCAGUGAUUGACUCACUGGCUUUGGAUUACCUGCAGGUCAGCUUGUCUCACAUUACAGGAGAAAAUAUAGUGAAAGGAGAUAAAGAAUCUAUUAAGAAUCUCCUAGAGAUAUUUGAUGGGUUGCUGGAGUAUCUUACAGAACAAAUCAGCGAAACAUCUCAGGAGAAAAGUGAAACUGAGCAGCAUGGUAAAGCAUCACAUGCAGGAUGCCCUUUGGAAGAGCUGGGAAGUACUGAAGAGACCUGGAGGAGAGUGCCUUCACGGAGGUACUCCCUGGCUUCUGAAGCGUUGGGCCCCUCUUGGGAUGAAGAUGAAGCAGAGUCCGCUGGUGAAAUCAUUAGACUUGGAGAUACAGCACAUACCUUUUCUCUAAGAAGUAAUGGUAACCAAGAUCCUGGUGAAAUGCAAUCCAGGAAAGCCCCAACUUCACCAAGUUCGAAGUCACAUACAGAAGUGUUGAAGUCUCCAUCUAGUUUUUGGUCCAACAGUAGAACAGCCUUUGCUGAAGACAUGGAAAUUCCUUCUGCAAGUAUGACUGCAAGUGCCAGGAAGCUAGGGGAGCCUAUCCGGCCAGCCAUCCCUUUACAGCCACCCUACCAGCCUGCUGAGUUGCGCGCCCCCUGCCCCAUAGGAAAAGAGUACUUGCGGGCAGCUCACUGCGCCUCUGCCGUGGAGUCUACUGGAGAGUGUACAGCACUUCCCAUGGAACCAGAUGAUAGCAUUUUCUUCACUUCCAAGUUGCCUAAAAAUAGCAAACAGGGAAUGUGUUCAGCUCAUGUCCAAAGCCCCAGGACAAGGAGGCCUCCCAAAGGAAAAAGAUAUGAAAACAGAUCUGCAGUUUCAUCUUGGGAUUCACCUUGUUCCCAGAGGCUAAGAAGGAAGUUAACACAACAAGAGUUGCAUGCAGUCUCAGAGAAACUAUCUCAGCGGCUCUCUGAACUAGAUUGGAUGUUAAAAAGUGCCCUGGGUGAUAGAAUUAAAGACAAGACUGAAUACGAAGAGGAAGAUGUGGGGAAUGAAGAGGUGGCGAGCGGAAAUGCUGAGACCUUGUCUCAGCACAGUGACAGCAUCAUGGAGUAUGGACCAAAGAAGCAAAGGCCAGGACUUACCACACCUAGAAAGCUACCUUACAGAUCCCAUUCGCUCUCCCCUUCACCAGUGAACAAACACAAGCAGUGCCAUACGGAGAGAGCAAAGCAGCGAAAACGAAAAGAAACAGAUAUCCGCCGAUUCCAAGCAAAGGCAAUAACUGAAGCAUUUGAAAGGGAACUACAAGGAAAUAAAGUUCAAGAGAAUAUCGGCCCUCUAGGGAUGAAUGACGAGGAGGAAACAGAAAAAAUAUACCGAGAAGCUGUUCAUAAAGGAACGCCCAAACCUUGUCAGCCUUGGAAGAUAUACUCUAAAAAAACCACAACUCCACAUCCAAGAGGUGGCUUCCCAAAGCUAAAUAAAGCAGUUCCAAUGAAAGUGAACGAGCACAGUCUCCUGCCCCUGAUGCUGGAGCAGUUCCCAUUUCUGUGUGUUUCUGGCCAAACACUAAGCAAAAUGUGGAAACAGCAAAUCGCACAGGUUGAGCAGCUCAAAAAAGAUGCCUGUGGAGAACAUCGGUCAAAGAAGAAACUUCAGGAUGAAGUAGAAGAAGCCUUACGAAGGCAUGACCUCCUCACUGCACUUGUCAAGAAAGAAUAUGAACAUAACAAGAGACUGCAAGACUUCAAGGAUCGCAUUAAUAGACAGAGGUUGACUCAAUCAAAGAUAAAAGAAAAUCGGCAGCAAAUUGUUCGUGCCCGCAGAUAUUAUGAUGAUUAUAGAGUUCAAUUGCGUGCAAAAAUGAUGAGAAUGAGGACCCGGGAAGAAAUGAUAUUUAAGAAACUAUUUGAAGAAGGUUUACAAAUUCAGAAGCAAAGAUUACGGGACCUGAGAAACUACGCUAAAGAAAAGCGAGAUGAACAAAAGAGGCAGCACCAGAACGAACUGGACUCAAUGGAGAACUACUACAGAGACCAGUUUUCUUUGCUAGCUGAGGCCAUAUCACAAGAAAGUCAAGAACUCAAAACCCGAGAGAAAUUCCAGGCCCAGACUUUACAGAAGGUGAAGAGGGAGCUGAGAUCUAAGAUGGAGAAGGAAAUUCAUGAACUGCAGAACAUGAUAACACAGAACGAUGAUGAUGCUUUCUUCCGUGAACUGGAAGCUGAGCGCUUCAAAUCUCGUCUUCAUCUGGCUUCCUUUCAGUACAGUAAACAUCCCCUACCGUGA